UUCUGCCCAUUAAUCGUUUUCUUGUAGUUGUGGAUCUAUCAUUCUGGCAGUUCAGUUUCAGAUCAUCUAGCCUCUCUCUCUCUCUCUCUCUCUCUCUCUCUCUCUCUCAUGUACUAGCUAAGGGCUUUGCGCAACGUUCUGAACUGAAGUCUCUAACCCUCCUGUUAUAUAUAUAUUAUUUUCUGAAGUCCCAAUCCCCUCUCUUUGAUGAAGAUCACAAGCACCCUCCAUUUCUCAUUCCCGUGCAUGAAACUAUUGAAUGGUACCAUUGCCUCAGCAAAAGGAAACUGAACAACCCGGCCGCAACACCAACAUCUAAUUUUACCCCACAUCGCUCUCUCUGAUGUCACCGGAUAACAUCCCGGCAAAGCCGGUGAUUCAGAAAGAUGACAGCCAAGGCUCAGGUAGCCGCAAAACUGCGUCCACAAGGCCAGCGGAGCAAGGCCUAAAGUGCCCACGAUGCGACUCGCCUAACACCAAAUUCUGCUACUACAACAAUUACAGCCUCACGCAGCCAAGGCAUUUCUGCAAGACUUGUAGAAGGUACUGGACAAAUGGUGGGGCUUUGCGCAACGUUCCCAUCGGCGGGGGUUGCCGGAAAAACAAGAAGGUAAAGUCAUCUUCGAGGCUCUCCGGGGACUCCAAAGACACAGUGAUCUCAUCUUCAGAGAUCGGUGGAUUGAAAUUCUUCCAUGGUCUAUCCCCGGCGAUGGAUUUUCAGCUUGGUGGGUUAUCAUACCCCAGACUUCACCCUCCAACAACAGGUAUUUACAACCAGUUUUCCUCAUUAGGAGACGUUUCGAGUACUUUCGCAGCUGCUUCUGGAGGUGUCACUGGUCCUUGUUUUACCCUUGAUCCAUCUGGAAGCUCUAAUUCUCUGAUGACUUUUAAUUAUCCUCUUUCAUCGACAAGUGCUGGUGUUGGUGGUUUUAGUACUGCUGCAGUUCAGAACACGACCUCCAUUAACAUUCACAGCGGUCUUGCAUCUUCUAUCGAAUCUCUGAGUACCAUCAACCAAGACUUGCACUGGAAGCUCCAGCAGCAGAGGCUGGCCACGCUAUUUGGUGGGGAAAUUCAGAAAGAUAACAGCGUUCCCUCCAUUCCUCUUGAAACCCAUACGCAGAAACCGCAACCCAUUGUAUUUCAGAAUCUGGAGAUUUCCAAAACAGAGGCUUGCGGUGUUGGAAAUUCAAGAAAACAAGGUACAAGUGGGGAUCAGAUAGCGACAGAGUGGUUUUUUGGGAACUCUUAUGGCCCAGUGACCACUACUCCGACCAACAGUGCCGUCAACGAUGGUGGCAACGGUAACACGAGUAGCUGGAAUGGAACUCAAGCGUGGAGUCAUGACUUGCAACAAUAUAGUGCUUUGCCCUAGAUGAAGAGCAUCAGGAGGUAGACCUUAAAGCUUGUUGAAAAUUGGGAAAUAUCAUUUAGGUAUAAGGUUGUUCAUGUUCUUUUGUGAGUGCAGACCAACGCGUAAACUUUGGCUAAAAAGAGAUUUUUUUUCCCUGUAAUUCAAGUUUAUAUUUUAUUAUUUUACGUUAGGAUGUUGAUCAACAGUCUCAGUUCUUUGUUAGCUAAUAUUGAUGCUGUCGAUUGUAGUGCUUUCCACCUCUUUUGCAUGUAAAUGCUGGAUCAAGCCGAUUAUGGCAGCAAAUAAAAACUAGUUUUGGAUGCAUUGAAAAGCAAUGCAUGGUUGUCGGACUCUCUCUAAGCUUAUACAAAUUAAAAUGUCUGUAGUUGAAAUUU